GCUGACUCAGGAUAUAUGCCAUUUGAUUGCCGAAAGAUAAGAUUAUGCUUAUAAUGAGCGCUGAUAAGCGUUGAUAAUCUCCGGAGUCCGGAUCCUCUACACUUCACGACAUUCGCAAUUUUACUGGCUGGGAUAUCCCUUAUACUCCGCUUCUCUUUCCAAGUUCUGGAUGGGCUCCCUAGAAAGCAACGACUCAGUCCAGCAUAAAACCCGAGUAAUUCUCGUAGGAAUCGGAGGUGCAACUUGCUCUGGCAAAACAACCCUCGCAAAGCACCUAGCACGAAUACUGCCAAACAGUGUCAUCAUUCAUCAGGACGAUUUUGCUCCACCUCAAGAACAAGUUCCUGUGCAUCCUGUGUAUAAUGUACAAGACUGGGAUGCUCCAACUGGAGCCAUUCAAUGGCCUCGCAUGGUCGAGUCCUUAAAAGAAGUUAAGAAGACCGGAGUAAUUCCCCCAGAACAUAUAAGUCACGACCAUUUGAACGAACAAAAGGAUGUACCUUUGAACGAUGGCUUAAUGCUCAAGUGGUCUCGCGUUUUCGACGAGAUGCAACAAAACGCAGAGCGGGGUGGGGUUAAGAUAAUAUGGGGUCUGGUGGAUGGGUUCUUAUUGUAUUGGCACCCGGGCGUUUACGAGCAAUUGGAUGCACGGAUAUUUCUCCGUGUCCCGGAAGCCAUACUUAAACAUAGACGAUAUGAAAGACACGGAUAUCAUACUGCAGAGGGAUCACUCUGGCGCGAUCCCCCGAAUUAUUGGGAGCAGAUUGUCUGGCCCGCGUACUUGGAGGCUAAUAGAGAUAUAUUCGCCGAUGGAGAUGUAGAGCAUGGCGGCCCUAGUGGAAAAGUUCCACAGUUGGUCCUUAUAGAUGCGAUUGAAGCGAGCAUGGAGGAGUUGGUUCAGAGAUGUUGUGAGGUGUUGAAGGAGACGCUAUAGAAUUCCGAUGUCUUUUUGGGACAAUUUCCCUACAUAGAGCUUGGAGAGGAAGAAAUAGUUCAGCACGAAAGACCAUCAUUGGCUUAUCCCCUCGCGCUUGAAUCAGAUCAACCUGAGGAAUAACUACACGCAUAGUGAUAACAGCCGCAAUGCGUCCUCUCCUCAGCCAUACUAUAUCGACGAAAGGGACUGAACU